CCAGCGGCUGACGGGGGGCGGGGCCGACUCCUGAAUUCUGACGCCAGCUUUUUUUUAUUUUUUUAUUUGGGAAAGAGAAAGGUGGAGAGACAUAUUAAUCGAACACUGACUGGCGAGACAAGCACGCAAUCCACGAGACAACGACACGCAUCUGCACCUUAGACAACCAUGGACUUGAGGCUGACAGAUGCUCUGGGUGGCGGUGGAGGUGCUGUACCUGGUGGAGCUCCUGCCGAUGCUUUACUGAAGAGAGACUUUAUGAGCGCACUGGAGAAGGAGAGCUAUGACGACAAGGUGGGAGAGAAAAUGUCCAAAAGUGACUACCGACCUCUCUUAGACGGAAAGGACAACAAAAGUGGGUCCGGCAUGAUGUCAUCAAUGAUGCAAACAGGUGGACGUCCAAACCCAGCUGGACAGCCGACAUUCACCUCUGACUACUUAUCUGGUCCUAUGGUCGGCGGAAUGACGGAUCAGUGGGGACAGAACAAGACUAAGGACAGCAGCAUGCCUGACUCGUCUUUAGGAUUCCCUUCAUCUGGAAUGAGUGGGACCAUUGGGUCAAGCAUGCCACCACCGUUCCAAACUGGUGUCAACUCGGCUCUUGGCGGGUUGGGCAAAGCUUUGGACACUCAGAAGACCUGCGGUCUGGUUGGCUCAGAGCCCCAAAACAUUAGUAACACCAGUGGGAACAACCCGUUCAAAACCAGUGAUCCCUUUUCUUCUGGCGCUCCCGGGAACCAAAGUUUGACUCACAGUCCAGCUCCCAUCCUCUCUCCCAGCGGCUCAGUGGACGACAGCAGCCCCACCUCCUCCACUUCCGAACACCUCAGUCCUGAGCACUUUGGGCCGGGGUGUGAGGCCGGCAAGCAACAGCAAAGACGGAAGAAGAAGAAGAGGAAGGGCAGUGACGAGAUGCACAGCAUCUUGAAUAGCCAGGACGAUAACGGCCAGUACGACAAACAUGGGUCACAGGAUAAGGGGGAACAGUGGGUAGAGGAUGAUGAGGAAGAUAAUUGGGAGUGGGGAGUCAGGGACGGUGGAGCAGGGGGUAGAGUCAGAGGCAGGAAAUCUAAGAGUCGGGCAAGACUACCGGAGGAGUGGGGCGCGCCGCAGAAAGCAACGUCUCUUACUUCCGAUGCAGUGGCUCCUACCUGGGCUACAGUAGCAGACAAAGGCCCUUUGGACUCCGACGCUCGGAAUUCCAAAGACAGUCAAGGUUUUCCCUCCAUGCAAAUACCGACAAGUUUCAACGAUCACUCCUGCAGUGUUCUAGCAACACAGUCAUCGUCACGCUCCAAUGAGCCCCUGUGUGUCGAUUACCCGGCCAUGUCUACCAAUGACUGGCAAAAUGUGACCAGCAAACCUCAACCUGUUAUCAGCUCAGCUGGCAACACUGCCAGCAAGAGUAGCGUGGCCGGGGUCGUUAGGGAUGAUUUAGCAUUAUUGACAGGGGACAAUCUGAGCCCAGUCUCCCAGACAUUCUCUUUUCUCGAUUCAGUCCUCCAGACCCCACCAGGUUCUACUCCUGACUCACAGAACCCCACCCCUAUCACCAACACCCCCUUUCUUGCCUCGGCAGCCUUGUCCACAUCAGCGGAAGCAGAUAUCCCUUCUUCACAGACUACAGUUUUUUCACCCUCACCUGUCAAAGAAACCCAUCGUCCCAAAACCACGUUUGAAUCAGUCCUCAACGCUGAUGCUAAGCCCUUUGUCCCCUCCGCCUCACUCAUGUCCUCCACAAGCUCUGUACCUGCAGCCACUACGGUCGUUAGUGCAUUAUCGUCCUCCGGCACCGGCGGCACUGAAUUUACACAACUUAGUUGUCCUCCUACCACAAACAGUGAAAUCGCUAAACCUCCGUCACCAGACACUGUCCCCAAAGCUGCUGGCACUCUCCCUUUUUCUACCACACCUGCAGUCCCUCCCUCUCUCCUUGCACACUCCAAGAACCAGGAGUCUGCAUCGCCACUGCUCCCCCCAUUAGAAGCAGUGAAGGCAGACAAGGACACGCAGGAGAAGACGGAUAAGUUUGACGCGUUCGCCAAGAAAGACGUGGUGGAGCUGGGGAAGAAGGACAACGGCACGGACAAGAACCUGAAUGAAAAGAUUCUCAAAGAUGGAGAAAAGACGGACAAGAUGAAUGCUGAGAAGAACAACAAGGCAAGUGAAAAGGGGGAGAAGACCGACAAGCCGGAGAAGACCAACAAAGAAGAUAAGAAGGAAGAGCAGAAGAAAGACGACAAAGUAGGAAAAGGGCUAACCAAGUCUCCAACAGGCAAUGGCAGCAAGGUCUUACCAACCCAUGAUAGCAAGAACAAGACUGAGGGGGUUUCCAGCAAAACCGAUGCAUCAAAGUCCCGCCCAACCACCCUCUCAACCAAUACCGAGGUCACCUCGGCCAAACGCCCCUCCCCAACCACAACCCCUGCUAAUAAAAAAAGCCCCCCAUCCAAGGCGAGGACUCCGAUGGCAAAGACUCCGGAAAGUGGAGCAGCUGAGAAACGUGCAUCAGUGCCAAAGACCGCUGCUACUCCCAGUAAGACCAGUUCCGCUGCGUCUCCCGGCAACAAAACUGCUGCAAACAAGAACCACAAGACUGAGAACAAGCCAGCAGAGGCCAAGAAACCCAAACCUACAGCUCGUCCACGUCCGGCCUCCACCACUUCUCCCACGACUUUAGCUAAUGCCCCAAACGGUGAAGCCGCUCCCUCCCACCGCCGUCGGGUUAUCACCAAACCUCCUGUCCCCAAGCAAACCGCUCUGGAAAAGAAGCCAGCGGUGCCCCGUGCUCCUCGAAACAUCCGGCCUCUCAACGCACCAACACCGGACCUGAAGAAUGUCCGUUCCAAGAUCGGGUCCACCGACAACAUGAAGUACCAACCUGGUGGAGGAAAGGUUUCUUCCACACAGAACAACAAGACUUCAGAUCCCUCCAACCCUCCCACCAAGGCCAGAGUUCAGAUAGUGCACAAAAAGCUGGACUUCAGCCAUGUCACUUCUCGCUGUGGCUCCAAGGACAAUAUCAAACAUGUCCCUGGAGGUGGCAAUGUGCAGAUCCUGAACAAGAAGGUUGACCUGAGCAAAGUCACAUCCAAAUGUGGCUCCAAGGACAACAUCAAGCACAAGCCAGGGGGUGGCGAUGUCAAGAUCGAGUCUCAUAAGAUGAACAUUAAGGCGAAGUCCAAGAUCGGAUCUCUGGACAACGUGGGACACAGCGACAGUCAGACUAACGGACACAAGGAGGAGAAGGCAGAGGAAAAGGCGUCUUCACACCCGACUAGCACGCCAUGUGCAGGGCCGGAAGGCGUUGCCGUUACACCGCGAGGCAUCGCCAAGGAAAACGGGGUGAAAGAGCCCACGCCUACUCCUUUCGGGGGUGACGGAUUGAGGGACCCACUCGGUAUGGACAGGCGCAUUGCUGAGAAAAAUUGAAUCUCAGCGAGCCAGAGCUUUGGCGGGGUACGCCUGGCGCUCUCGCCGACUGACCAACCAACCCCCCAGGUCACUUCCCUUUGGCCCCGCCCUCCAUCUCACCUCCAGCUGCACCAAACAGAACGUUGCCACCCUUAGUGUCUCUCCGGGGUCCGCCGGCCGCCAGCACACCGACCCAAACCCUGGAUGCCCCUGGGUUGACCUUUGGCCCUCACCACUUAGAGAAGAGCACUCGCUGUUUUGUCUGUGAAACUUCCGUCACCUGGCGUUCCUCGGUAGCACUGGCUUCGAGGACGUCAAUCCCCCCGACUCCAAAUCCCAAGGCCCGUCUGCGAUAAACGCUUUAUAUAUGCUGAGCUAAACAAUGUUUUCUUCACAUAUAACCUUACUCAAUAAUCCACUAUACCUAGAACCGGGACCACUUUGUCCUAAGUUCCAUUCUUUUCCGUGUACUUCACCUUUCUAGACCGCUGAGGUUUCCAUGCAAGCCAGAUGCAGAGCACAUCAUUUCCACUGCUUUAAAUGGACACAUACCCUUUUUAGCCAACAACUAAAGCUCUCUGCAUUGUAGCUAACACUGGAUUUGCAUCGUCGCUAAUAGGGAUGUGUACCGAACCCAAUGGUGCCAUGUUACAGUACUUGGGUUGCGUUCAAUGUCACGGCCAGUUGCAGACUCUCGCACAACGCCAACAAAGAUAUCGACGCGAAAAAACGCUCCAACGUACGUAAAGUAUGGCUCUCCUUAGCUUAAUGCUACUAUACAUUGGCUUUGCUAUUGACAUGCUACUGAUUAGCAUUAGCCAUUUUACAUGGCGAAAUCAACACCUCCAAAUUUGGUAAUGAAAAUGUUAAUGGAAUAUUUUCCCUCCUUUAAGCAAAAUAGAACGCCUUAGAAGUUACUAGCUUUGGCUUUGCUCGAAGAAGAUGAACACAACGAUCUCACCCCGUUUGUUGUCUAUUCGCAUACACACAUAUUAUUCCCUCCAGUUGUAAUGCUGUUAGGGUGCACCAGGUGUGGAGAGUUAUUUUGCGGUGGAGAGCGACCAAGAAGGCUUUGGUAUUUAGACAGCUCUUCUCAGCACUGGUAUUGCUAUGGUUUAGGACUAUUCUAAAUAAAAACUACAACUAAGAUGCAUAUUACAACCAAACAGCUGGUACGUAAUAAGUACAAUACUUACAGUGUUAACACUUUUUGGGCGCAACAGACAGCAAAGGCUGGACUGACUAGCCAACACACCAUGAACUAUACAACACUGCAAUCUAAUGUCUUAGACUUACAAGUAAGACUCAGAAAUGUUAUAUUAAAACAAGAUAUAAUAACUGGACAGCAGUUAUAGACAGCAAAUGUUUAAAUGUUGCAAAAAAAUAGAUUUUAUUAUCAAACAAUUUUAAAAAAGUACUGAAAAUUGGUACCGUUGAGUACUGGUAUCGAUUCACAGGUACCAUAUAUUGGUAUGAUAUCAGUUCAAAUGUGAACGGUACCCAUCCCUGGUCGCUAAUGAGUCCCUUGUGUUUGCAUGUCCCGGGUGGCGUUGGUAUCACUAUACCGAGAGCUCGUAAAAAGGCUCGGCUUAAUGGUGAAGUGUCAUGGAUUAAGGUAAUACCGUAAAAAAGCAAUAGGUCAUUUUUAGAAUUCAUUCCAUAACACUUGCAUUGGACAAGGUAUCCACAGUUUUAUCUCCUCCAGUAACUGACUUCAAGGUUCAGACGUGACCCCGGCCCUAAUUUAGCUGCGUUUAACUUGUGUCUCACCUCGGUAUCAAAGCGAUCGCCACCGCGCACCACACGAAACGAGACCAUCAGUAACAAGUAGUCUGUGUUUUUAGACAAGCCUUAACCGUAAACCGCUUUGCGUUUGGUCAGCAUGUCAGCACCGCUGUCGCGUAUGCUCGCGUUUUACCGACGAUAGUGCAACACUCGGACUCUCUGGUCACAUGGUUUUAGCACAAGCCCUGUGGAUGUCUCCAAAAGGCAGCAAUGUUUAGCGCUCAUAAGUCGUGUUCAUGGCAUAGUUCAUAGACUCGCUGUCUCGUCUGAAAUGUUUCGUUUCAGUCUCUCAAGCGAGCGACCCUUGUUGUUGUCUGUGUGUGAAAUAGUGACACACUUCUCUACUAACGUGUCUUAUGAAAUGCUCUCCGUGGAAUGUGUUAUUGCGAGUACACACAAACAGAUCCCUCCAAAGCAGGCAGAGUCCAAACAAAUCAGGGCCCAUAUUCCUAAAGAUUCUGAGAAUCGUCUCAGAGAGCUACGGACCUAAACUACGAAUUCCUAGCGAGGAGUCUGAUUCCAGAACAUUCUCAGAGAACCCCCUAGCAAGGAAUGGACAAAAACUUAGUGAGGAGGUGUGGUUGACCCCGUUGGUAGGUAUAAGUCAUCAUUUCAAAAGCUGUGAUUGGUUGAUCCUAAAAGCUAGAUAGUGGUGAUAACGGGCAAAAGAUAGACCCUCAAAUCGAUAAACGUAAUCAUAUACGUGUUUUGUGGACUAUAGAGCCGCACCCACUAAAUUUUAGAUGAAACAAAAUGUUUAUAUAUUAGCAGCACCGGACUGUAAAUUGCAGAUACAUACCGAUACGAAAUAUUUUGUAAAUGUUUAUUUACAUACCUUAAAUGUUUCCAAACGGUGUCUGAUCAAACAAAACAGAAGUCAAGCUAGCUCUCUAAUCAGCUAAACAGACUCAAUAACUCCACGGUGACGUUUUGGUUUUACUGAUGAAUUUGUGAAACUGAAACAAUACAAAAAGAAUGCCAUUGUAAGUUAAUAAUACUAAUACAGACACUCGUAAAUGAGUUAGCAUAUUAGCUAAUGCUAACACCGCAAGCGUCAUUAUAUUAUGAUAGCAUGUAAAAAAUAUGCAUGAAAACACUCCCACAGACAUCACACAUGGGAAGGUUUAGUAAGUAAGAAUUGUUUUAGUUAUAUUGUAAAACUUACAAAUGUUGCUUGUAGUGAUGAAUGAAGAAUCCUUUCGAGCAGAAAACGCUAUGGACAGUUUUACUUCCGGUUUAAGGCAUUAAAACAGGAAGUACAUUUUCAACCCGCAAUACCUGUAGUGAGCGAACCCAUACAAAAGAUGGUGCCAUAGCACAAACAAUAACACACUCAGUCCUCUGCUUGGGUUUAAUAAAAACUAUUGAACGCAAAACAUUAUGGCCAUUAGCGAAACAAUCCAUAAAUUAACUGCAUCGUUUUAUAAGCCGCUGGGUUCAAAGUGUAGGAAAAAAGUAGCGGCUCAAAGUCCCAAAUUUGCGAUAUGUUAACAAUAAAAACAUAACUUUAGCAAUUAUACACUAUCACGUUGUAAAUAACACUUAUUUACAAAAGGAAGUAAAACAGACUCAAUAACUUCACAGUGGCGUUUUGCUGAAUUUGCUGAGGAAUUUGUGAAAGUGAAACAAUACAUAAAGAAUGCCAUUGUAAGUUAUUAAUACUAACACAGACACUUGUAAUCGUGUUAGCAUAUUAGCAAGCGUCAUUACAUUACGAUAGCACGUACAAAUGUGCAUUAAAACACACCUACAGACAUCACACACAGGACGGUUAAGUAAGUAAGAAUUGUUUUAGUUAUAUUGUAAAACUUACAAACGUUGCUUGGAGUGAUGCAUGAAGUAUCCAUACGAGUAGAAACGCUAUGAGCGGCUGAAAGCCAAACGGCACUCCAAUUGGAAAAAAUUCAAAAACAAAGCACGACUCGAAAAUGGAAGGACACCAGCAGUGAGCAAACUCGUCCAUAAGAUGGCGGCAUAGCACAAACAAUAAAACACCUUCUAGCUGUAUUUUGUUUUUUAAACUAUUUUUAUUAUGGGUGUUAUCGGGAAAAUUCCACAAAUUAGCCGCACUGUUUUAUAAGCCGCAGUGUUCAAAAUGUAAGAAGUAAGUAGUGUAUUACAGUCCGAGAAGCAGUGUUGCUUGGCUUUCAUUUCAGGCUAUAAGGGAACUCCUAAGUCGCUUAAAAGUCAUCUUCCCUGCUCUUAACAGAUUCUUUAGGAAUAGCUUUUAUCUGUACUAGGAUCUACUCCUCACUUCUCGGGGAAAUUUUAAGAGAACAUCAUGAUUCUAAGAAUCUUUAAGAAUACGGCCCCUGGUCCUUACAAAAACAGGUUAAGAGGGUAUAUUUAGUAUUUAAUUCAAGGUGUCAUUUAAUAUUAGUGCAAUAAUGUUUUGGAUUUGUUUUGCAACUUUGAUCAGUUGCGUUAAAAAAAAACUACUGCUGUAAGGACAUGAAAUUCACAGUAAUGUGGUUUUUUGUAUUUUUACUAGCCUCGUUUGGAGUGUAAAUACACGGAAGUCAGUUGUUUUUUUGGUAGAUGCUUUUUUUAAGCGCAUUUGCUUAGCUUAAGCAAUGAGGAGGACUUUGCGUCUUUUAAUGUUGUUUGUUUUGUAUAACAAAGUGGAGAAGAAGUUGUUACUUUUACGCAAAACUAUUUCGGAAUGACACCAAUAAGUAUCAACACAUCAUGAAUGCCAUGAACAGAAUUUUAGCAUGGAUAGUCUGCAGAUGCUGUAAUAUUACACGAUACGGUACUUGAAAAAAACUGGGACUUUUUUUUUUGGCCUUUCAAGUAAUUUUUUUGCUCCAUUUUAGGUCAUGAGUUUGAUUGAUUAGCCGAAUGGAAAUAUUUUUUCUAAGAGGGUUUUUUCGUAGUCAAAUUUUGUUUUAAAUUAUUUCAUAUAGAAACAUACACUAGGAAAUUAUUUUGGCCUAGUUAAGUGCCGCCACAAAAAACAUGUCCUCAGAGUUGUAUAGGAAAACAUUUACAUGCCAUCGUAUAAACAUUAAGAUGUUGUUUUAGUCAGGAACGAACCUAACGUCCUGUGCUUUUAUUUUAGUCCUUCAGUUAAACCUAACGUGAUGCUUUAGCCCUGCUACAAAUCACUUUUGAGAUGCUCGAGCUUCUCAAAAUAAAUCUAGAGACAAUUUUGUUUGACUACUUGAUCAGGAAACUUUCCAAUAUAAAUUAUUUGUAUUCAUUUUUUUUUUCUCACUUUCUUUGCUCAAAUCUCUUGAUCAAUUUCAGUCCUAAAUAAAAAUAGCAAAUACGUAUUGUCCCAUCUAAUUCCAAACAGAAACGAUGACAAAUUGUUCAAUUUUUUUACAAAAUGAAACCCUGAAAUCAGAAAAUGCAUGAUUAUAUUGAUGUAAAGACUGUACAGUUGCACAUUGUUGUCAUAAUGGUCCAUUUUUUGACCCAUGAUACUAAACUGCUAUUAAGUUUGGAAUCUGAUACUGCAAAAAAAAUGUUUUAAAUGCCUCAAAAGUCGUUUUAUUACUAAACAUAUGUAAUGAUCAGUUGUGUUCAAAAGGUGGGGCGGGCUCCACUGGGUUCAAGUGUUUUAUAUAUUAUUCUCCUGAGUUAUUAUUGCUGAUCAAUUGAAGUUUUAUAUUAUUUAUGGCAUUUAUUUGAUUGUAUUUUUUUAGUAUCAAAUAGCUCAAGUUGGUGAAAAGAUGUCGAACUAAGGAUUACAUUUUGUUUUGCAUCUCAGGUAAAUUGAUGCACUUUAAAUAUUUUCUGUUACAGACUAAAAAACAAUGUUUAUAAUGCUAUUCUUUGUUGUAAGUUGAUCUAUAUAUCUUUAAUUUUUGUUUUCUUUAUUUGUUAAUACGGGUACAAUGUUACGCAGAGGUGUACUUAUAACAGUUUAUAAAGAAAAAUUAUACUUUUUAUAGUCGUGGCGGAGGGGGCGUAACAGAAAAUAACUGAGAAGCACUGAUUUAGGUCGAUCUUUAACUCAGCCUUUAACAUUUACCACAUAAAUAAUUCAUUUUAUGCACAUUUUUCAAAAUAAAUGACAUUAUUAGUUCAAUUGGGCAUUCAAAGGGUUAAAAAAAAACAUGACAUGUAUUUUUAUUAAAGACAAAAAUUGAUUUAGAGAUUUGAGCAAAAAAAAGUAGGAAAAAAUUAGAUUUAAAAAAAUAUAUUCUGAGAACCUUUUUGUCCUGGUGGCACUUGACUGCUAUUAAAUGAUGCAUGCCCCCAAAGGGUUAAUGUGUGUUUGGUCCUGAGAAAGAUUAUUGAGCAAAACUCAAACUGAAAUUGUGAUUUUUGCCGAAGAAUGUGCGCCAUUUACAACAUCUUGACAUUUUAGGUUUAGAACAGGGGUGUCCAAACUUUGACCCGGGACGUCACAAGAUUAAUAAGAAACCUAGGCAGCAGGGUGCCUCCAAUUUAAUCUUAAAUAUCCGACUCUAUAAUUGCCGCUAAUUUUCCUCCAAUUUAUAGACUAUGUGAGUAAUUCAGGCUAAUGACCAUAAACUUCGCUUUGAAGUGUACACCGCACAGCAUGUUUGUAUAUGACCCAAUCCAAGCAACCUUUCCCACUCAUGGCGCAAAAAAAACAACACAGAAAGUCAACACACACGGUCACACAUCCUCACUGAACUUUGUGGAUGUUGUAAAAAAAAAUUCCAAGCACAACUCAUAAUAAAAAUUAUAUAUAUAUAUAUAUAUAUAUAUAUAUAUAUAUAUAUAUAUAUAUAUAUA